CGUAAUGGUCCAUACGUUUUGUCGAGUUUGCCAUGCCAUGCUGGCAACAUUGCGCGUGAACACUACGGUAAGAUAGAGAAGCAUGGCUGGAAUUACAGCACCGUAGUCUCGCCUCGGGAAGCUGAAUCUCUAGAUUUCCACUCGCUUUCGCUUUGCCACGGCAAUCUCAGCUGCACCGACCUGGGAAAGCCGCGGACCUAUUUUCCACCACUGGUGGUGGCGGCUGUCGCAGCAAUGCAUUGUGCACAGCAGAGCAGAGAAGCGUCUCGGGGGUUCCUUCGGCACGAGGAUACUGUGCGCGACAUAUUGGCUCUGCUCCUGUCUGACGGCUGUUUACUCCUCGCGGCCACGGCGUUAUCCGUUGUCGGGCGUAGCGAUCCUCAUUCUUAAACUCGACAGCUAGCCAGCAAGUCCUCCAGCUUGACCAGUAUUAACCUCCUCAUAUACCAUGAACCUCCAAGCUCUUCUCCUAGUCGCGGCUUCCAUGGCCGCUCACUCCACCGCUGAGUUCACCGUCACCUCUGGCACCACCGAGGCCACCACCUCCAGCACGGAGCACGUGAGCUUCGUUAAGCAGUGGACGCUCAACUCUGCCACCAACGGCGACAACAUCGACUCCAUCGACCUGGAUCUCGCCGGUCGCGUGUACGUGAGCUACGUCAGCGGCCUGCCGAGCGGCGUGCUCGGAUACGUGAACGUGUCGGGCGACUCGCAGACGGUGGUGGACGCCGUCACGGUCAGCAACGACGACACUAAUGACAACGAUGACAAUGACAACGAUGAUACCAACGACACGGACGGAGAGCUGAACGUCCGUAUCGGAAACAGCACGUCCACCACGCUCAGUGGCUACCUGCUCACCGAGAUCUUCCUGGCUUCGAGCGGCAUUGUGACGGACGUCAAGAGCCAGCGAUCGGCUCAGGUGGUCGUCGAGGACGGCGUCCUGGUGUCGAGCAGUACCACGGCGGAGCUGCAGGUCGAGGCGAGCGGGUCCAGUGCCGUGUACGUGUCGGCGGCCAGCACGGCCGUGAGCGUGCGUCAGCUGCAGCUAGAUGCCGCGGGCACUGCCAGUCUUCAGUUCAACGUCGAGAGCGUGGCGGCCUCCGAGGAGGUGCAGAUCGACGCGCAGGGUUCGGCCGGUGUCGCGUUGCUGGCUUCGUCAGUCGAGGCGGCCACCCUUGAGCUAGAAGCGCAGAACACCGGCACUAUCUGCAUCAGCGCACAGACGGUCACGGCCACCAACUACGAAGGCCGGGACGCCAGCCGUAUCUCCAUGCCCAACGCCUCCAGCAAGUACACGUCCACGGGCACCGCCACGUGUGAUGAGUCAACUGUUCCUGCUCGCGAGCCGGCGUGCGUGUCAAGCGCUUGCGCGGGUUCGUCGAGCUCCGGCACCACGGGCACGGUCGGCACGACAACUACCACGACUGCGCCGGCGACGGCUAACGAUGACGACGCCAGUGACGACACGAAUGCGUCUUCAGCCCCGCGUCUUGCUGCGUUGGCUGCCGCUGCGAUCGGUGUGGCCACGGCGAUCCUGCUGUAGACGUUGGGCGAUUCCGUAUGAUCUGGAAUCUGAAUUUUUCCUUUUAUUGAGCCGCAGAAGUGCUAGACUUCUGCACGCUCCAGUUCUAGCAGCAGGAGUUAGAUAACCAUCGUUGACUCCAAUAUUACUGCACUUAAUCACUUUUGAUACU